UCCCUCAACACCCUCUCUGAUUUCGAACUGCAGGUGUUACGUGACGUCCUCACGUGUAAUCACGCCCAGCACUCCAUCGCUCUGCACUGUUUACGUUUAAAAAAUGUUUUUUGCUUCCUGUCAGCUAGAACCUCACGCCACAUCCUUUCUCGCGUCUCACAACGUUUGCACGUUUCCUGCAGCUCGGUUCCGGUGUGUCACCCUCCGUUAACGGCCAUGGUGAGCUACUGCCCCAUCUGCGGAAAACCCGUCUACUUCGGUGAGAAGAAGAGGUCGCUAGGCCGGGAUUAUCACCCCCUGUGUCUGAAGUGCCACAAGUGCAAAAGGCAGCUAACUGCUGGACAACAUGCAGAGCAUGAUGACAAGCCAUACUGCACAAACUGCUACUUGAGAGAUUUUGGGCCUAGAGGUACGAGAGCACCGGUGUCUCGCUGUCGCAGCACUGCUACUUCCUAAGAGCAUGCUCAACUCCAGACAUGCUCUUAACUGCUACAGUCACGUUUAUAUCUGCUAGAUCUCCAGCUACACCUCUAACUGCCAAAUCUUCAUCUCCAACUGCCAAAUCUCCAUCUCCAACUGCCAAAUCUCCAUCUCCAUCUGCCAAACCUCUAUCUCCAACUACCAAAUUUCCACCUCCAACUGCCAAACCUCUAUCUCCAACUGCCAAAUCUCCACCUCCAAAUGCCAAAUCUCUAUUUCCAACUGCUCGAUCUCCAAUUACAUAUGGUGAUUCUCCAUCUCCAUCUGCAACUCCAGGUUAUCCAGAACGGUCCUUGUCGUUAACUGUUAGAAUCUCAACGAAGACGAAGAUGACCUACCUCUCAAACAACACACAACCUACAGGAUCGUCUAGAUCUCCACAUUUGAGUGCAAGUUCUUCACCUUUUAAUUAACUGUAACCUAAACUCCAUCUGCUACAGCUGACCUCCACUGGGAUCCACAAGAAACAUACCUAAAGUAGAAAGCCUUCUUAUUUUGCCCCAACUCGGUCACCCCUAUCUCCAGGCAAUUAGCAUCUUCCAAGCCCCAAACCCAAGACAUGUGAUUCGUCCCCUGUAACCAACCCACAAACCCCCCCAAUUUUGUAAACCCUCCCUCCUGCCAUGUUGGAUGGCGUUCAAACAUGUCCACGAGAGAAUACACGCGACAUUUUACCAAAACCGAUUUACGGCCGUCCGUACAGAAAAUCCACUUUUCUUGGCUUCAGAAGCUCCAGUCAGAUGGUUUCAGUUUGUCCCUUAGGGAACCUCGGCCACAAAAUUCGCUAAUUGAUUAUUUCAAAACACUCUGUGACCUUUAUAUCCACCAUGCUCCGUCUUCCGCUGAGGAUUUUCCUGGAGAUCUCGGCGACUUCCUGAAGCUUCCUUCUUAUUAUUAUAAUAAAAUUAAAAAAACAAUGGGACAGUAAUGGUGUAUUUUGAAUAGAAAGCUUUUUAUCUGUAAUCAAUAUAAUCGUAAAUAAGUGUGUGUGAGAGAAUGUGAAAGUUAUAUUUAAUGUUGCCAUAUUAAACAUCAUUUUAACAGCGA